AGCCCGCGCUUGCACGAUAGUACGUGCAGGGCAGCGCGAGGGAGUCCCGGUCCGUCACCGACGCGACUCGCGUCCCGCCUCCUCCGCUCCCGCCACCCCCGCCGCUCCGCGACCGCCUCGGUGCGAGGCCUCCGCCGGAGCGAGGCUGCUGGCUCCGGUCCUGUCUCUUUAAGUGGUGGGGCUUGCGGGCCGCCCCUGCCGCUACUGCCUAGGUGGCCCCGCGCGCCGCUUUUGAGGGGCGAGUCAAGAUGGCGGCGGCUUUGGCUCUGUGAGGAAGACGGAAGAGGCGGCGGAGUAGGGAAGGCGACUUCUAAGAAGAGCCAGGGGUUCUCGGGUGGCCAGGGGCGAACAGAAUCUCCCGGGAAGUGCUACCUCGUCGGCUUCGGAUGCUUUAAGCGGGAGGAGCGGAGCGGAGGCUCCGGCUGCAGCGACUGGGCCAGGUACAAGGAAGGAAAACAUGGCGGCGGCGGCCUGAGGAGGCGGCGGCGCGGGAAGCGGCUCUGCGGAGGUCAUGGCGGAGGCAGGAGCAGGGCUGUGAACCGAGUCGCACCUUGUUUGAACGGCGGCCCGGUAGGCCGCGCAGUGCUGCGCCUCCCUGUCGGGGCUGCUGGGCGGCCACGCUCGCCCGGCCUGGACAAUAGCGCCGAGGAGAGGGAGACGAGAGAAGGCGGCGGCCCAGGGCUCGGACCCGGGAGCGGGCCAUGCGAGCGGCGGCGCAGCUCGGCGGCGGCCAGCGGCGGCACUGAGGUCCCGGAGCUCCCCGUUUGCGGCCGCCCGCCGUUUCUGGACACCGUCCCUGGGCCACUCGGGCGGGGCCCCCGGCCGGCACGAUGACCGACACCCGACGGCGGGUGAAGGUCUACACGCUCAACGAGGACCGGCAAUGGGACGACCGGGGUACUGGCCAUGUGUCCUCCGGCUACGUGGAGAGGCUGAAGGGCAUGUCCCUGCUCGUCAGGGCAGAGAGCGACGGUUCUCUUCUUCUAGAGUCCAAAAUAAAUCCUAACACUGCAUACCAGAAGCAACAGGAUACUCUGAUUGUGUGGUCUGAAGCAGAAAAUUAUGACUUGGCCCUUAGCUUUCAAGAAAAAGCUGGAUGCGAUGAAAUUUGGGAAAAAAUAUGUCAGGUUCAAGGAAAGGACCCUUCAGUGGACAUCACUCAGGACCUGGUAGAUGAAUCUGAAGAGGAGCGAUUUGAUGAUAUGUCCUCACCGGGUUUAGAAUUGCCAUCGUGUGAAUUAAGUCGACUUGAGGAGAUUGCGGAGCUUGUGGCAUCAUCUUUACCUUCCCCCCUCCGACGUGAGAAACUCGCACUAGCACUGGAAAAUGAGGGUUAUAUUAAAAAGCUUUUAGAGCUUUUUCAUGUGUGUGAGGAUUUGGAAAACAUUGAAGGACUGCACCACUUAUAUGAGAUUAUCAAAGGGAUCUUCCUCUUGAAUCGAACUGCCCUUUUUGAAGUUAUGUUCUCUGAGGAAUGUAUAAUGGACGUCAUUGGAUGCUUAGAAUAUGACCCAACUUUAUCACAACCACGAAAACACAGGGAAUUUUUAACAAAAACAGCCAAGUUUAAAGAAGUAAUUCCCAUAUCAGAUCCUGAGCUGAAACAAAAAAUUCAUCAGACCUACAGAGUUCAGUAUAUACAAGAUAUGGUUCUCCCUACUCCUUCAGUCUUUGAAGAAAACAUGUUAUCAACACUUCACUCCUUUAUCUUUUUCAACAAGGUAGAAAUUGUUGGUAUGUUACAGGAAGAUGAAAAAUUUCUGACAGAUUUGUUUGCACAACUAACAGAUGAAGCAACAGAUGAGGAAAAAAGACAAGAAUUGGUUAACUUUUUAAAAGAAUUUUGUGCAUUUUCUCAAACGCUACAACCCCAAAACAGAGAUGCUUUUUUCAAGACUUUGUCAAAUAUGGGCAUAUUACCAGCUUUAGAAGUCAUCCUUGGCAUGGAUGAUACACAGGUGCGAAGUGCUGCUACUGAUAUAUUCUCAUACUUGGUUGAAUAUAAUCCAUCCAUGGUACGAGAGUUUGUCAUGCAGGAGGCACAACAGAAUGAUGAUGUAAGUAAGAAGUUAACAGAGCAAAAAAUAACCGGCAAGGAUAUUUUGCUCAUCAACCUCAUUAUAGAACAUAUGAUUUGUGAUACAGAUCCUGAGCUUGGAGGAGCAGUCCAACUUAUGGGCCUGCUUCGAACUUUAGUUGACCCAGAGAACAUGCUAGCCACUGCCAAUAAAACAGAAAAGACUGAAUUUCUGGGUUUCUUCUACAAGCACUGUAUGCAUGUUCUCACUGCUCCCUUACUAGCAAAUACAACAGAAGACAAGCCUAGUAAAGAUGACUUUCAAACUGCGCAGUUACUAGCACUGGUAUUGGAAUUGCUAACAUUUUGUGUGGAGCACCAUACCUACCACAUAAAGAACUAUAUUAUCAACAAGGACAUUCUUCGCAGAGUGCUAGUUCUUAUGGCCUCCAAGCAUGCUUUCUUGGCAUUAUGUGCCCUCCGUUUUAAGAGAAAAAUCAUUGGAUUAAAAGAUGAAUUUUAUAACCGCUACAUAAUGAAAAGUUUUUUAUUUGAACCUGUAGUCAAAGCAUUUCUCAACAACGGAUCUCGUUACAAUCUGAUGAACUCCGCCAUAAUAGAAAUGUUUGAAUUUAUUAGAGUGGAAGAUAUAAAAUCAUUAACUGCCCAUGUAAUUGAGAAUUAUUGGAAAGCAUUAGAAGAUGUAGAUUAUGUGCAGACUUUUAAAGGAUUAAAAUUGAGGUUUGAACAGCAAAGAGAAAGGCAAGACAACCCCAAACUUGAUAGCAUGCGGUCCAUCUUGAGGAAUCAUCGAUAUCGACGAGAUGCCAGAACACUAGAAGAUGAAGAAGAAAUGUGGUUCAACACAGAUGAAGAUGACAUGGAAGAUGGAGAAGCUGUAGUGUCUCCAUCUGACAAAACUAAGAAUGAUGACGAUAUUAUGGAUCCAAUAAGUAAAUUUAUGGAAAGGAAGAAAUUGAAAGAAAGUGAAGAGAAGGAGGUGCUUCUGAAAACUAAUCUUUCUGGACGACAGAGCCCAAGUUUCAAACUUUCCCUGUCCAGUGGGACAAAGACUAACCUCACCAGCCAGUCAUCCGCAACAAGCCUGCCUGGUUCUCCAGGAUCACCUGGGUCCCCAGGCUCUCCAGGCUCUCCUGGAUCCGUCCCUAAGAGUACAUCUCAGACGGCAGCUAUUACCACAAAGGGAGGACUCGUGGGUCUGGUAGAUUAUCCUGAUGAUGAUGAAGAUGAUGAUGAGGAUGAAGACAAGGAAGACACACUACCAGUGUCAAAGAAAGCAAAAUUUGAGUCCCAAUAAUAGCAACUGCCUGUGAUCAGUACCUGUUGACAAAACUGGUUCUUUACCCCUCCCCCCUACAAAAUCCACAUCAAAGUGCAGUGGUCUCUUGUGAAUGACUGACACAGAUCAGCACCACACUGGACUUCUGCUCAUCAAGUGCCAAUUCCAUGGAGCAGGAGGAGGGGGAUGCCGUGCAGUUAGGGGAAAGACAAGCCUGUGAGCUCUCCAGCUUGGACCACACAUUGCCCUUUUCUCAGGGAAGGAAAUGGAAAUUUAAAAGCCAACAGGGCAGGGGUUUUGUCAGUGGAACUCUGGAUUGACUGGUCAGUUGCUACAAUCAGAACCUGCUUUCUUGGACCAUGUUUGACACGUAGAAGAAUGGGUCUUUCUGCCAUAGUUCCUCACUAGUAAAGAAUGCCAGCAGUCUCUUUGUAUAAAGAGACCUGCCUUUAAAAUCGUACAUUCUGAACAUUUCAGUCAAGCUACAACAGGUUUGGAAAACCUUUGUGGGGGAGGGGCAAAAUAAAGUAUCCUCUUUUUCUUUUUUCUUUUUUCUUCUUCUUUUUUUUUUAAUCUGUUCCCUUUGCCCUUCAAACUGCAGAUUUUUUUUUUUUUUUCGAAGUGGGGAUUUGUCCCUACUUGAUUAAAGAUUGAGUGGAAUUCUAGAUGUGGUCAUUUGUGUCAUAAUUUUUCUUUUUGUUUCAGUUUGUUUCUGUUUUGUUUUUUCUCUCCCCCUGAGUGUAUGAUUAGCUGUUGAAUAUAUAUAUUUGGGACCAUUAAAACUUUUUUGAUGUAAUAUAGCCUAACGUGCUGGCACCUGCUUUACAUGUGUAAUUUGUGUUCUACAUCACAGUUCUUAAUUUGUUUAGAGUUUUAUGAAAGAUGGUAUAGUUUUUAUUGACAAAAGCAAAGUAAUCUUACAACUAUGUGCAUACAAAAGCAAUACUAUUUUGUGACUAAAUAUUUUAUAUUAAAAUUUGCAUCAGCAGCUGUCUUGAGAUUUCAGGGAAAUAGAGUGGAAUUUAAAACUUCAGCAGUUUUGUUAAACCUAGAAACAUGAAAUUAGUAUUCCAAAGAGAUUCAGAAAUUUCAUAUCUUGGAGAAAUGACGGUACAUUAAAUCAAAAUUGAGGAUGGAUGAUUUAAAAGUAAUACUUGACUUUUGAAUAAUAAAAAGAAAAGUGAAGAGUAAGAGAAAUUG